UGAACCAAUCAGUCAUAGAGGUAAACUCUAUAAGCCAGGUUGAAAUAUGAAUAUUAUCUCCUCCACAUUACUAGUGGUGACCAUUUUAUCCUUCACUGCCUACUCCGCGGGAGACGGAGAUAGGCACCUAAAUGAGAACUUAAAUGAAGCUACGGUAAAGAAAACUAAGGAUGGCUGGCAAUGUGCCGGUGUAACAUGCCCUAAAGAGUUUACGGCAUCUUGUAAGGUAACCAAGGUCCUAAAACCAUCUGACCUACAGCAUACCGAACUCCUAAUAUUAUGCAUGGAUAAAUAUGAUAAACCGAGGUGUGGGAUUACGCGAACUCGGAAAGGUGUAAUACAGGAAGUUUUAAGCGUGGACGAAGACGGAAAUUCAAUAUAUGACCAGAAGGAGGUUAUUUCGGAAAACGAUGGUACUAAAAUUCCUCGGUGCCCACGAAAAUAAAUUAUGUGCACUGAUCGACUUCACACAAAUAUAUUUUAUCUUCACAAG